AUGGACAUGCUUGGGGACGUCGUUGCGUCAUCGCUGAAAGACAAUCCUUAUUUCAGUGCGGGUGCAGGUCUGUUCGGUGUGGGACUCGGCAUGGCCGCAUUGCGUCGGCUGGGUCAAAUCACCAACCUGUUGGUCAGACGAAAUUUCACACUAACCCUAGAAGUUCCUAGCCAUGACAAAGCCUAUCCGUGGGUUUUGCACUGGAUCGCCUCCCGUGCUGCCGGUCGCCAUUUGAGUGUGGAGACCAAUGUGGUUCGGUCGGAGGGUGGUCGUAUUCGUGCCGCAUUCGAUUUUGUCCCGAGCACUGGAGUGCAUUACAUGUUUCACCAGGGACGGAUCAUCCGAAUUGAGCGUGUCCGAGCUCAACAGACUAUGCAAGGUGCGAAUGUGGCUCCGUUUGAGAGUGUGACUCUCACCACUUUUGGACGGAACAGGCAAUUGUUUAUCGAUUUGUUGGAACAAGCCCGGGAGACAGCAGUGGCUCGGGAGAAAGGAUGGACAAUAGCUGUCGGUCCGGAAUGGCGCCAAUUUGGCUACCCUCGACCCAGACGACCCCUGAAUUCUGUCGUGCUGAGGGAAGGAAUUGCUGAGGCUAUUGUGGCCGAUGUGCGUGAAUUUAUCGGUGAGGUUUCAGUUGAUUCCGACGUAUUUCACACGCGUCUAAAUCCAGACUACGUGCCUAACAAAUCACGGGACACUGAUAAAAAAAUUCAUAACUUACUCGAGGGCACAAUAUUGUUAGGCUACCCAGGCCGAGUUCACAACCGG